CCCACCCGGACCGGCGGCUAGGGUUCCGCCUGUGCCGCCAUCCCUGCUCCUCCAGUCCCGUCCACUGGAGAAGGUGCCCUCCUGAGACCUGCUUCUCGCCCUUCGCAUCAAGGUGUGGGUGCCAGAGGAGCAGUGAUGGCCGACGGCCUCGUGGCAGCGACGACCAGCAGUGAGCUGCGGCGGCUCGCAGUGGAGGAGCAGCAGCGACGCCCGGCAGAGAGCUGCGGCGGCUCGCAGUGGAGGAGCAGCAGCGGUCGACGGCGGCCUGGACAUGGCGGCCGUCACGGGCAGAGCAGGGCGAAGAGGGCGCGGUGGCGGGGCAUGAUCUGGAGAACCGGUGGGCGGUGGUUUAAAAUCUGGGCGGGCGCGACCAGCGCGAGUUGGAGACGAGGUGACGGCGUUGACCAGGACACCGUCGCAGAUCUCCAUCUUGCCGUCGGGAGAGGAGCUCGUCCAGGAUCCCCUCUUCUCCAUAGAUCCGCGACGGAGGUGCUGGACGACAUGAAGAUCGUCAAGGUCGCACUCCAGAUCCCGUGUUUGCGGCAUGGCACCACUUUGACACAGAGUGAGCUUUCUUCUUCACUAACCAACACAUUACAGGGAGGGUGAUGUGCUUGAAGAUGACCUCAUUGGGAGUCUGAAAGUGUGUCUCCCUUGGCAUAAGCACCAUGGGAAGCAGAGACAACCGCCUCCGUCCUGCUCCAACAUCGCCGUCCGUCGACACAACGAACAAGAAACGCAUCAACAAGAGAAGCACGGCACAUGUACAUGUACACAUGCACUUCUUUCUUCCUGAUUUUUUCUUCCUCUUUCUUCCAGUGCCUUGCUGUUAGAGCUUUUCUUCUUGGACCAUCAACGGAUAGUUGUAUGCAGGCACUCUCAUUUGUCCCACCCUUCCGAUCCUUUCUGUGAUUGC